AGAUAAUUAAUAAUAAUGGGUGUUGGUCUGGAACCUUUGGAAUUUACCGACUGUUUAACAGACAGUCCUUAUUUUCGUGAUAAUCUUCAUUCUCACGAGCGCGAAUUAGACAAAACCAGUCAGCAAAUAAAACGUCUCAUCAAGGAGGUCAAGGAUUUACUUCUGGCUGCUAAAAAUUUAUCUCGAGCCCAACGAACGUUUUCAAAAACACUUCAAAACUUCAGCUUUGAGUGCAUCGGAGAAACACAGACGGAGGAUGAAACACACAUAUCGCAAAGCUUGAAAGAGUUUGGCAGACUUAUUGCAUCCAUUGAAGAUGAACGCGACCGCAUGCUUGAACGUGCUUACGAUCAAAUAAUACUACCGCUAGAAAACUUUAGAAAGGAGCAUAUUGGCGGUGUCAAGGAAGGAAAGAAAAAGUUUGAGAAACAAACGAUCAAAUUUUGUCAGAGUCAAGAACGUUACUUGAACCUAUCAACUAAGAAGCAAGAUAAUGUACUUCAGGAGGCGGAUGCCACAUUGGAUAUGGCUGAAAGGCAUUUUUGUCAAGCCAGUUUGGAGUAUGUCUUUCUGCUUCAAGAGGUCCAAGAGCGCAAGAAAUUCGAAUUUGUCGAAACUUUGCUAGGAUUUAUGUUUGGUUGGCUCACCUUCUAUCACCAAGGGCAUGAGGUGGCCAAGGAUUUCAAACCCUACAUGACGGAACUACAGUUGAAGAUACAAAAGACAAGAGAGAAUUUCCUCGCCACAAGGGAUAAAACUGAAUCACUCAUGAAUAAAAUGAAGGAGAUGAAAAAGUCUCCUACGGAAACCGGCGUUGGCAAAUCAAAUUCACGCGAAGGCUAUUUGUUUUUGAUGGAGAAAAAGGCAUUUGGAACAACAUGGACAAAACAAUAUUGCACAUAUCAAAAAGACAAGAAAGAGUUUACUAUGAUACCUUACAAUCAGCUUACUGGAAAAUUCAGUAAUAGAGAAACGUUAACUCUAGCUUCGUGUGUGCGGCGUAUGUCAGAUUCCAUUGAAAAACGAUUUUGUUUUGAUAUUACCGCCGUUGAUAAACCAGGAAUAAUAUAUACAUUUCAAGCACUGUCCGAACCGGAUAGAAAGUUAUGGAUGGAUGCCAUGGAUGGCAAGGAGCCUACAUAUGCCUUGCAAGGGCCGUCUGUGAUGGUUGAAGAAACAGGUCUUGAUGAGACUGGCUUCGCUUUUGUAUCAAAAUGUAUAGCGGCGUUAGAAGAUAGGGGUUUAAACGAACAAGGGCUCUACAGAGUUGUAGGAGUAUCGUCAAAAGUGAACAAGCUACUGGCAAUGGGCCUCGAUAGAAGGAAAUUGGAUAAAUUUAAUCUAGAUGACCGAUUCGAAUGGGAAAGUAAAACUAUUACGAGUGCUCUGAAAACUUAUUUGCGAACAUUAUCAGAACCACUAAUGACCUUCCGCUAUUACCACAGUUUUAUAGCAGCUGCGAAACAGGAAAACAAAGAAUUCCGGCUUAAUGACGUUCACGCGCUAGUUUAUAAACUGCCAAAACCAAAUUUCAAUAUGCUUUUGCUUCUUAUGAAUCAUCUGAGUAGUGUUGCAAAAAAAAGUGAUAAAAAUUUAAUGACAACUGGAAAUUUGGCUGUGUGCUUUGGCCCUACUUUACUUCGACCGGAAGAAGAAACAGUCGCCUCAAUAAUGGACAUCAAAUUUCAUAAUAUAGUGGUGGAAAUACUUAUUGAAAAUUGUCAGAAAAUAGGGAGUGGUCCGCCACAGGAGAACCCACCUAUGGGGCAGUCGACUCAACUGACUAAUUUAAGUCCAACACAAACUGACGUUAGACACAGUCACAGUUCUCCCGGCAAUGGGACUGCAAUAUUAUCCAGAUACUCUACCUAUACAGCUGUACCAACGACACAUAGCCAUCUGAUCACGAGAUCAUAUUACGAUGGUCCUAUGUCUGUCGCUUCUGGAUCAUCUGUGGAGGAUAGAAAAAAUGGAGAUUACGAAGAAAUAGAUCAUAAUAGUCAGAGAGCACCGUUAUAUUCUGACAGCCGGACGGGGCGUGUAAAAUUGAGCGAUGCAAAUUUCAUGUAUCAUUCCACAGAAAAGGUUACAGGUAGUGGAAAUACGAGCAGCUCAAGUGAAUCAGUUGCAUCGGAUCCUCAUCCAUUUACGUCCGAUUUGCCUGUGAAACAGAAGCGGGGAUCAAUGAUGGGAGUGCAUUACCCUACCAAUUAUCAACAGCGAGGAAAUCCUCCACUACCUCUGAGUGGGCGUUCAAGUCCGGGACAAUUGGGUGGUAUUUGGAGGGUGCGAACUUUAUACGCCUGUUUAGCCGAAAACGACGGGGAAUUGUCAUUUGAACCGAAUCAAAUAAUAACUAAUGUGAAAAAUUCUCUGGAACCUGGGUGGUUGGAGGGAACCCUGAACGGAAAAACGGGGUUGGUUCCCAGGAAUUACGUGGAGCAGUUACCUUGAUGACUUACCGAGCCAAAGAGUGCCUCAUAGUUACUAAUAAUUCAUAGCGUACGAAUGCCUCUCGCAUUCCUACUUUUGCACAUUCCUAAAGGGCCAUACCUCCGUAUUUUAUUUAUUGCAAAGCAAUGUAAGUAUACAGUCGAAAAAAUUAUUAUUUAAUCCAAAUCAAAGUUCAAACCAUAUUCAACAAGAUUCAUUUAGAAAAUCGAUUAUGCUUGCGAUAUACAUAUAGUCUCUAAUCGGAGCUGUCUUGCUCACAAAUAUACAUCUACUUUGUAAAUAAUUUAUUCAAUUAAAAUAUGGGAUUAAUAUAUGUAAUAUUUAUUAAUAUUCGGCAAAGCUCGUUGUUGGCAAUACCUCGAAAGACUGAGGCAACAUUAUUUGUAAAUAAUAAGGUACAACCACAUAACUACGUAUAAUGAUGUGAAAUACUUACAUCCAGCGCAGUGGUAUACAUACAUAUGUAUAGAUAUAGUAGCAUAAGCUGUGCCAUAUUUUGGUUUUUUCUUUUUCGCUUUUCUACUUUUACCUAUUUAUCUAUUUAUUUUAACGAUGCGUUAAAAGCCCAAUAAUUACUUCAUAAAUUACGCUUCCGAUAAACUAAUUCAAGUAUUGUAGUCGUAAGGUAUGUGCAAUAAAUAUUAUUUUCUAUUGCACGUUAUUUGUCGCCAGGAGCCAGUACUUUUAUUCUUAUGCGUUCAAAGUUGAACAGAAUGGUGUUCUGUCAAUAAAUUGAAACUAUUUUUAUUCAUCAGCGACCGUAUCACAAGUCAGAAGUCCAACUAGUUUUUGAUACACUGUAAUCUAUUAGUGACAUGGAUAUCUAGUUUCUAAAAAAUUGGUAGAUGAAUUUUCCACGCAUAAUGUAGCAUGAUUUUUACAUUGGUAAGUCAUAAUAAUAUCAUGGAUUAUUAUAUUGAUAUAGUAAAAUGAACAUUUCCAGAAUAAUGUAAUAUCUUGUAAUGGUAUGUAAAUAAGGGGUAGAUAAAUUAACAAUAAGCUUGAAUCGGUUCGUUUAUUGCAACGUAAUUAGUAAAUUUGAAUAUAACACGGAUAUGCAAUAUUCCCUGAAAUUAGUUGAAACUAAUUCAGGUAUUUGUAAAUAAUUGGUUUAAAUACUUCGAGUACGUGAACACGUGCAAUUAGAUAAUUUUCACUACGUACAAAAAUAUUUUAUCGUCUAUUUGAGCAUCGAGUUAGAAUGGGCUAUGGAUGAAUACUCUCGAUGAAAAAUAAUCAUGGAUAAAUUAGAUAGAAGCCGCCACUAUCAGGAAUCGAAUUAAAGCAUGCACUGAAAUAUUCCAUUAGUUUACUUGUACAUACCUUAUGCGAGUGUAUAUUGAGAUAUACAAUCGACGAGAUCAUUGUCAAUUACAUGUAAGGAAAAACGUUCUGCUGCGCGACUGGUUGUAAAAAAUUUCUAUUCAAUUCUUUAUUCAAUAAUCGAAUACUACAAUGUUGUAACAAAAUUAUUUAUUUCAUAUAAAUUCCAAGUAUCACAGUACUUUCCAAAUA